AGGAUAGUGAGGAGUCCAAUGUAGAGACAUUGCUGACCGUACUAGCCUACAUUUAUUCUGCUUUCGGCGCCGCAGAAGCUUUUGGAGCGUUAUUCUUAUGAAUUACACACAAAGCCGGAGGCGUCUCUUUAGAUUUAGUUGUAUUAUCUGUGUUGAAAGGACGAUGCCUUUGAGGAUCGGACUUUUUCUCCUGAUGGUGCUGAACGCAUCUGCAUAUGAACUGGAUCAAAACGAGUCUUAUUCGCCCAGGAGAGCACGCUUUUCUGCCAAUAGCCCUUCAGAUGUGGCACGCUGUCUCAACAGUGCCCUCCAAGUUGGCUGCGGAGCCUUCGCCUGCCUGGAAAACUCAACUUGUGAUACAGAUGGCAUGCAUGACAUCUGCAAGUCCUUCCUAUACAGUGCUGCUAAAUUUGACACUCAGGGUAAAGCAUUUGUGAAGGAGAGCCUUAAGUGCAUUGCCAAUGGCAUCACCUCGAAGGCAUUCCCCACCAUCCGCCGCUGUUCCACCUUCCAAAGAAUGAUAUCUGAGGUCCAGGAAGAGUGUUACAGUAAACUGGAUAUCUGCACUGUUGCCCGAUCUAAUCCAGAUGCUAUUGGUGAAGUGGCACAGCUACCAAGUCACUUCCCCAAUAGGUUUUAUGGUAAGCUGCUUCAGAGCCUGAUGGACUGUGAUGAGGACACGGUGGACCGUGUUAGGACCAGCAUGGUGUCACGACUGGGUCCAGAGAUGACCAUUCUUAUUCAGCUGCUGCAGAACAAGCCCUGCCCAUCCACCGCUGUGGCUGCAGCUGCUGCUAUCCCAACUGGAGUGGAGGGCCGUGGGAGCUGGCGCUGGGCCAUGGGUCCCCAUAUGUACAAGAUCCAGCCUAAUCUGCGAAACAGAGACUCUGCCAGUAAUUUUGGCAAAAAGCGCUCUGCUAGUGACAGCUCCCAACUUCCACUCAGAUUCAGAAACUCCACACACUCCUCAAAACAUCAUGAAAGCUCCACUAUUCCCUAGGGGUGAUAACAACCCAUUCCUCCACUAGACUGGAAGUUAGAGAAAUAUGCACCUCUAGGGAAUGCCGGAACACCUCUAGAGUCGAUAUCAGAGUUUGAUUGUUGUCAAAGUAUAUAUCCUACAUUUUAGACUUGAGAGAAACCCCCACCCCCAUUCAUUGAUUGUUUUCAAAUGUGUCUGCUCACACUUAGUGUUGAACAUGUGGCUGUUGCGUCUGUGCAACAUAGUCCUGUUCACUCCUCUUCACCUCCUCCAACAGUGAUGAAUCCUUAAGAUGUCUUUCGAUACCAAGUAAAAAGAAAAAGAAAAAAGAAACAACCAUAGGUAGUAGUUCAUGCUUCUAGAGCACAAGUCGGUACUUUAAAAGACAAACAUACAAUGUCAUAAUCCUGAUAUUUGUUCAUGAAUAGAAAUCAGUAGCUGGACUAUUAUUAGUUCAUCGAUAGAUGCAUCUACCAAUGAUUCCCAGUUCCUAAUAUUUCAGCGAUGAGACGAGUCAAAUUGUGAGCAUGAGAUGUGGAAAUGAGUUUCAUAUCUAUUUUCUGACACAAACACUUAAAUGUACUGUAAGUUAUCUGAGACAGCCAUAGCUAGCCCUCUAAAAGAGAGUGCUCACACGGAGGGAGGUCUGUAGAGGUUUCAUGAGAACCUUUGAGAGGUUACCUUAAACUGACCAAAAACCUUCAAACUGCCCUGAAUGCUAUUCAUGAAAUACCAAAAUAGUGUAUAGCUAUAGCACUUAUAAUUGUUUUGUGAUUUUUUUUUUUUUCCCAAUGGCAGAUGUAGCCAUGGUCAUGUGUUUCUAUUCAUUAUCCUGCACGAGGAUUGUCCAGGUCUAUCUAUUAGAAAAAAGUCAGUUUUGCAUAUCUUGUAUCCAGACACUUGUAAUGCAUAAGACUGUUGAGCUCUAUAUGUGGGACCAUGUUGAGUGGAAUCUGUCUCCAUGUUGAGUGUGAAGCAGUCGUGUAUGUGCAGGAGCUGAUUAGCACGUUCACCACUGAGACUGAGAGCAGCCAUCUUCUUGGACUGAUGAUCAUCAUUCUCUGAGGUGAAUCACAUGACAUACACACUGGCUUCCAGUGUCAAGAUCGAGAAUGACUAUUUAAAAAAAAAAACAAAAGCCUUGUUGGAAUGAUAUUUAUUUUCCUACUAUAUUAUUUAAUGUUUUUAUGUUCAUGCAUUAUUGUAGUUUUU